UUAGUCCACAAUAUCUCUCAAGCGUUUUUGGGUUCUUGGGUUUUUUAUAUUUUAAGAAAAGUCCCCUUUCAUUGCCAGCCAUGACCGAGGUCCUUCAUUGCCCUUAUUCCCAUUUUUCUUCCUCGUCAAGCAGAAGCUCUUCUCCUCCUCCUCCUCCUCCUUCACUUUCUUCCACAGCACUUCCCAGUAAUGGCAUUCUCUUCAUCCAAGCAACACAGACUCGCUCGUCUUCUGUGAUCGAGGAGGAUCGUAAUAAUAAUACAACGGCGUAUUCAGACACUGAUCAGGAGCUGAAGGACAGGGAUAAUAAGCACCGGAGCGAACAACUUUCUGUGUUGGCACUUGUUGCGACGCUUUUCAGGAAACCACUGAUUGGCUGUAAGAGUAAUAGGAGGGAGCUCUGCAAGAUGGAGAUCGGAUGGCCGACUAACGUGCGCCAUGUUGCGCACGUCACAUUUGAUAGGUUCAAUGGUUUCUUGGGUUUGCCUGACGAAUUCGAACCUGAAGUGCCCAGAAGGCCUCCCAGUGCUAGUGCCACUGUCUUUGGAGUUUCAACAGAAUCCAUGCAGCUAUCAUUUGACUCCAGAGGGAACAGCGUGCCAACUAUUCUGCUAUUAAUGCAAAAACGCCUGUAUAGUGAAGGAGGUUUGCAGGCAGAGGGCAUAUUCAGAAUUAAUGCAGAAAAUAGUCAAGAGGAAUAUGUUAGGGACCAAUUAAACAGGGGAGUGGUCCCUGAAGGCGUUGAUGUACAUUGCUUAGCGGGACUUAUCAAGGCUUGGUUUAGGGAACUGCCAAUAGGCGUUCUGGAUUCCUUAUCACCUGAUCAGGUAAUGAAAAGCCAAACUGAAGAGGAGUGUGCUGAACUAGCAAGGAAUCUGCCUCCCACUGAAGCUGCCCUCUUGGACUGGGCAAUCAAUCUGAUGACUGACGUUGUCCAGUAUGAACAUCUGAAUAAAAUGAAUGCACGCAACAUUGCAAUGGUUUUCGCCCCAAACAUGACUCAGAUGGCCGACCCUCUGACUGCGUUGAUGUAUGCAGUUCAAGUGAUGAACUUCUUGAAGACACUGAUACUAAGGACGCUGAGGGAAAGAAGGGAUUCUAUAGUGGAACCUUCGCCUGGUUUUCAUUUAGAGCCCUCUGAUGAUAAUAGUCACCAUAGCCCUAUACAGUUCUGCCAGCCAGAUUCUGCUAAAGAUAAUGAAGAGGCUCAGGCCCUCACAACUGAAAACACUGUCUCAGAAAGUAACCCUGCCCCUGAUUCCCACCAGGAAACCAACUUAACUGGAGGAGAAUCUGGUGGUUUGGAGACUUCUUCUGAAAACCCAGUAUGCCACGAGGAUUUGUAUUGUGAUUAUCCACCUAAAGGAAAUGUUGGGAAGAGCAAGACAGGCCAAUCAAGCAAUUCGAAUUCAAGAAAGGGAUCCAAGAAAACCAGAGACCAUCAAUCCUCUAACCAAGGAACAACGACUGUUGAGAAAACCAAGGGAACCAGUAAACUGAGUCGCAUAAAUUCAAGAUCUGAGAAGGCAGAACCAUGGCGGUGAAACAAGCACAAACAUGCUGGAGUAAACUUAUUCUAUAAACAUUGUGGCAUUGUAAAUUUGUUUGAUUGUUAAGUGUUUAUUGUAUUGUUUCGUUUAUUUGCCGGGAUCUAUGAAUACACUAGAUUGUAAUGAAUCCUGGUUAUCGUGUGUUUGCUUGUCUUCUCAUAUUUAUUCCCGAAUAAUAGUUGAAAUGUAUGUUGCUUUAUUCACAA